CAAACUUAAAAUCAACGUGGACAUCACUGUGGCCAUGAGAUGCCAGUAUAUUGGUGCAGACGUCCUGGAUCUGGCAGAGACCAUGGUCGCCUCUGACGGUUUAAAAUAUGAACCAGUUAACUUUGAGCUCCCACCAGAGCAAAGACUGUGGCACAUGACUCUGCUGCACAUUCAGGAGCGUCUGAGAGUGGAGCACUCCCUGCAGGAUGUGCUCUUCAAGACGGCGAUGAAAGGACCUCCUCCUGUUUACAGUCACAGCGAGGACGGCGCUCGUUCCCUCACUGCCUGCAGGAUACACGGACACCUUUAUGUCAACAAAGUAGCAGGAAAUUUCCACAUCACUGUUGGCAAGUCCAUCCCACACCCCAGAGGCCACGCCCACUUGGCUGCAUUAGUCAGCCAUGACUCUUACAACUUCUCCCACCGGAUCGACCACCUGUCUUUCGGAGAAGCCGUCCCUGGACUCAUCAGCCCUCUGGACGGCACGGAGAAAAUCGCCCCCGACUCUAACCACAUGUUUCAGUACUUCCUCACCAUCGUGCCCACCAAGCUGAACACCUACAGAGUGUCUGCAGAAACACAUCAGUACUCGGUCACAGAGCGGGAACGAGCGAUAAAMCACGCUGCAGGCAGCCACGGAGUCUCAGGGAUUUUUAUGAAAUACGACAUCAGCUCRUUAAUGGUCAAAGUCACGGAGCAGCACAUGCCUCUGUGGCAGUUCCUCGUCAGACUCUGCGGCAUCGUUGGAGGCAUUUUCUCCACCACAGGAAUGAUCCACAGCAUGGUGGGAUUCCUGUUCGACGUCAUUUGCUGUAAAUUUCAAAUGGGAGCCUACAGCCGUCUGAACCAGGCCCCACUGAUCCCACCGGGAGGGGCUCAGACCGGACCUCCUCCUGGAGAUUACGCUCAGUGACGAGACCUCGGCUCCGGUUCUGACCCACAAACAGAUGCUGGCAAAACGUUUACAACUCGUUUUAUUUUACAAACCCUCGUCCUUCCCUGACCUCUAACUUUCUAUCAUCCCUGGAAAGCUGCUCUGAAAGUGUUGACACUGCUGGUACCGUCAGGCUCGUUUUAUACCCACAGAUAUUUAUUUGGGCUGAUUUGACCCUUUUUGUCACUGAGCUAGUUUUAGACAAAGAUGGCAACAUUUUACUAAAAUGUCUGAACUCCAGAGAAAAAAUAAACUGUGGGGUGACUUUUAAAAA